AUGACGGCGGCUGAUAAUGAAUAUCCGAAGGCUUCAAAUGCCACCCUAAUAGGAGCAACUAUUACUUACGUAGCAGGAUUAUUUCUCUUGUUGUCAUUUGCUGGACCGUAUUGGAUUGAGUCAUAUUCAGGGAUGUUCUCGUCUUUUAAGCACAUGGGGUUAUGGGAAUAUUGUUUUGAUCGUUUUAGGUUCCCAUCGUUUCAGUAUGAUAAAUAUUUCGAUGGAUGUCACUAUAUUUUUGGUCAAGAGUUGUAUGUUAUUCGUGAAUAUCUAUUACCAGGAUGGUUGAUGGCAGUACAGACAUUUGUGACUCUUGCAUUAAUGCUCUCAUUUAUGGCACAGACACUAUUGGCUUUAGUGAUAAUUCGUAUGCCUCUCAGAAUAGUACUAAGAUAUGAAUGGAUAUUUGUAUCUAUUUCUUGUAUUAUGGUUGCAAUAUCAAGUGUAUUCCUUUUUUUUUCUGUUGCUAUAUUUGGCGGUAAUUGCUACCGUCGUGAUUGGCUGCUCUACCCUUCAUUUAAUGUUCUUUCUUGGUCUUACGCAUUUGCUGUUAUUGCCUUCAUAUUGUUUGGUUUGGCAGCGAUUUUAUUAUUUUUAGAAUCACGUAAAUUGUAUGAAUUGCGCCUGGAAGCUAAAAACCUCGUAGCCCAAAUGCAACACAGUCAGCCUGAGCAUGCUCUGCAUCAGUUGCGCGACCAGUUGCAUCAACAACAGCAACUCGGAUACUUUAGAAAUUAAACUUUAUAAUAAUACACUAUAAAUAAAUAUUGUUUAAUGGUGAAGAAAUUACAAAAUUUAUGUACACAA